AUGUCUUUGCUGCGCUUAACGUCGCUUCGGUUGCCUUCGGUUCCUUCCCAAAGGCCCGGCUGGCCUUCGUUGGGUUCGGGAUCGUUGGGAUCGGGAUCGUUGGGAUCGGGAUCAGGAUCGUUGGGAUCGGGAUCGGGAUCGUAUGUGGGGUCGGGAUCGGGAUCGGGAUCGUAUGUGGGGUGGGGAUCGGGUGUGUCCCCUAGAUCCUGCGACUUGUCAUGUGGAGAGUGCUGGGGUGGUGGGGCGUUGGGUUUGUUGUGGGGCUCCGGGCGUCGUAUAGUUAAUCCAGUAGUUGAGGGUUCGUUUGUGGGGUUUAAAGGGGAGCGGAGGGGCUUCGCAAUAUCUCAUCUAAAACCGCACAUUCAUCGAGGAGUUCUAUACCCUCGUGUGCCUCAUCCUUAUUUGCUGGUAGUGCUGCUUCGCUCUGUUUCGGGUGUCGGUACAGCUGGGCAGAUCGUGUAUGUUAGGAGAGGCUUCUUCAGACAUUUCUUAGCGAGAUCAGGAGCAGCAAUACCUGCUUCCUGGAGCAACAUAGACGCUGUUCACCAGCGCAUGCAGCAGCUGCAGCAGCAGCAGCAACGGGAGCGUCGGCAACAGCAGCAGCAACAGCAACAACAACAACAACAGCAGCAGCAGCAGCAGGGAGAAGAACGAGUUGCUGAGACAUCUGACGCGUCUCCUCUGUCUUACAGCAGCAAUGCGUUGCUGCUAGCAGACGAUGGAGGUGCUGCUCUGUCCUGGGUAAGGAGUUUGAAGCUGCAGUUUAUUGUAGAGACAGAAGAGACAGAUAAUAUUCUUCUUCGACAGCCUCUAGAACCCCUCUCUAUUUUAAAAACAUUAACAGAAGAACAGGGCCUCGAUCUGCUGCCCAGCGACGUCAGGCUCAUCUCUUGCAAGCAUCCGCCCCCACAGCAGCAGCAGCAGCAGCAGCAGCAGCAGCAGCAGCAGCAGGAGAGUGCUGAUUGGUGGGCUGAGGAGCAGCUAGGAGGCCUUCCUUUGGUGCCUAUACACCGCGUUGGGGUUUAUUAUCUUCUUUGCGUUGUUCAAGGCAUGCAGCAACAGCAGCAGCAACAACAACAGCAGCAACAGCAACAGCAACAGCACCUGCAACAGACAGACGGUCGUCUGCCGUUGUACAGCUUAGCAGCUCUCAAGACCAGGGUGAGGGAUACAUUAUAA